AUGAACAGCGGCGGCGGCGGGCGCACUGGCGCCCGCGUGGCCGUGAAGAUGGAGGUAGCCCCUUACUACGGCGAAGAAGGCUUGGAACUGCUCCCGGACUUCGUGCAGCUGCCGGGCUUCGGUGGCGGGCCCGGAGCGGGGGGACCCACGGGACUUGAACCGCCCGAGGAAAACGGAGCGGUUCAACAACGCAAGUUGCUCCUCGCCGGGAAGCCGCCGCCGCCGCCGCCUCCUCCUCCUCCUCGGGAUUUAGGGCCUUUGCUGAAGCUGCCGGCGGCCGCCGACUUGGAGCAACUGCUGAUCCAAGCGGGCAGCCCGGGCCUCGCCGGCCCAUCCAGCCCCAGCGGCGGAGGGCCCUCGGUGGUGGUGGCGGCGGCCGGCGGGGCGCCCUUCUUGUACCGGUCUCCGCAGUCCUCGGCUCCGCCGCAGGCGGUGACGCAGGAACAGGAGGGCUUCGCCGAUGGCUUCGUGAAAGCUCUGGCCGAUUUGCACAAACAGAACCAGUUGCUCGGGGUGUCCCCGGCGCCUCUCUCGCCUACCCAGCACCCGGGAGGGCCCUGCUGCCCGCCGUCCAGGCAGGAUCCCCCCGCCGUCUACACCACCUUAGGCAACUUCAACCCGGCCAGCCCAUCGGCCGCCGGCACUUUCUUCGCUCCCCAGGCUGUGGCUCGUCUGCCCGCGCCCGGCUCCACCGGCAGGGCUUUGGAGGAGCCGCAGACUGUACCGGAAGCGCCUGUAGUGUCAGCUCCGCCGCUGCCGCCGCUGCCUCUUUCGGGGCUCUCGUCCGGGGAGUCCCCUCCGCCGCCUUCCUCCUUAUCGCCGCUGGACGCGGAGAGCCAAGAGCGCCUGAAAGCGGAGCGCAAAAGGCUGCGCAACCGGAUCGCCGCUUCCAAGUGCCGCCGGCGCAAGCUGGAGCGCAUCGCCCGCUUGGAGGAGAAAGUCAAAGCGCUCAAAGGGCAAAACGCCGAAUUGGCCGCCACCGCCAGCCUUCUCCGCGUCCAGGUCACCCAGCUGCAAGGUCGAGUCCGGAGCCACCUCUCCAGCGGCUGCCACAUCAACGCCGCCGCCGCCGCCGCGGCCCCAGCGCAGACCUUGGCAGUGGGGGGUCAGCCCCCCGGCAGGGAGGCACUCACAGAGCCGGAGACCAGCGCUUGCUGA